AAGGGUGUAUGUUUUCUCCUUUAUAUCAUAUUUAUUAGUAUUUCAGAAAUUAGUAUAAACAAUUGAUCACUGGCUUAAACAGUCAAAUUGAAUAUUAUUUUCUCAUAGAAUAGAAAUACUAUUUCUUUACAAAAGAUAUUUUUUCUUAAUACAGAAUUUUUAUACAAGAUCAUUGAUUGAUAUAAUUUCAAUAUUUUUAAUUUUCGAUAUCCUAUUUAUUUUAUUUUAUAUUUAUUGAGUUCAAUCACAUCAUCACUAGGAACACAGUCAUAUUGAGUGGGUUAAUUGAAUUCAUUGCUAUUCAGGACAUAAAGUCACUGGAAUAUUUAUGCUUUACUAGUUACAUAUGUUAUGUUAAGUUAUUACUCAACUUCUAGAUGGAAGAAUCAUCUCUAUGAAUAAAACAAUAUUCUUCUGUUUAUAUUCAAAGAAUUAGGUAAUAUGAAUAUCAAUUUUUUAAAUUGAAAUGUUAAAGAAUAUUAAUAUUUUGCGAUCCUCUUAAAUUCUUAAAUUGGUAAUUUAAUAUUGUUUACUAGCUAUUCUCUGUUCAAUUUUCUUACAACACGAGAAAGAUAUAAGGAAAAGGUCAGGUACGUUCACUCAUUCAUAAAAGCAAAUAACUUCAUAAUCGUGAUUUCUAUAAAUUAUAGUAAUUUAUUGAAUUACAGUAAUCAUGCAUGAAACCAACGCACGAUUUAAUAACAGUUAAUAAAAGAAAAUGUAAAUACAUAAUGUAAUUUAUCAUUAAAUAAUUGCAAGCUAUCGAAAAUAAUCUUAUAUUAUGUAUGUAACCUAUAAAUUAUGUAUUAACAAUCUUGCUGUCGAACUUGAAUAAAUAGUUCAUAGAUAGUAUUCGGUGUUGCGUUUCAUCAAAAGCAGCUUUUUCUGUCACCCAACACGCGAUCCAGCCUACACAAUGUCCCACGCUAGAAUUACUUUCGAACUCGUGUUAGAAGGUGAAAUCGAAUCAUGUCGAAUCGAAUUUCGAAGAGCUUCCGCGGAAUCGACAACCGUAACGAAAUCGUUAGUUUUUCCCUCUGUGAGUUUGCGUGCAUGGCAAUAAUUUAUGGAAAUGCGAGAAUCAUGAUCGUAAAUUUUAUAUCAAAGAAAUGCAGCAAUAUGUAAUAUUCUCGCGCGAAUUUCGAUCCAAAAAAGGACUAAAAAGAAAGUUAUAUACAUAUUAAGGAUGUUGUUGUUCUAAUCAAAUAGUUGAAUUAUUAUGAAAUAUUUAUUUAUUUUAUGAAUACAAAAGGAACAAAGUUCUGUUGAUUCUGCAGUCUAUGUACAUAUAGUACAGAGGCUAUCAUAAAAUUUCUGUCAAUGGUGUGACAACAUAAGAAGAAAUUGAUUCAUUCGCAAUUUGAUUUGAAGAGAUGUCAGACGGUAGUCCUGGCAGACGCACGUUCGAUAACCCUACAAGGUACCGUUGGCUAAACCGGAAGUGGAGAACACGGGUAUACGGUGCCACGAAAUUGCUCGGGACCUUCGCCACGGAACGAGAACCAGCUGGACCAUCGAGCUGAUCGCUCUUAUCGCGAUUUCCAGCACCCUUUUCCUCUUUUUGCACACAAGAGAGCUGCAUUCGCGUCUGCGAAAAAUGGAAGUUCGCCUUCAACCUGGCGAAGACGAGAUCCUGUCGGCAAAUCAACUCUCAUCCGAAGGAGUGCAAACUGAUUCUAGUCCAAGUGGAAUCGUCCAUUACCCAAACAGACAUCGUAUCUUCGCAAUAAAGUACAAAGAAACUGAAGUGUUGGACAUUGACGCACUCAACAACACAAAAAGAGCGGACCGGAGCGUCCUGUUCUUCAAUCGUGUACCGAAAGUGGGCUCUCAAACCUUCAUGGAACUCUUGAGAAGGCUGUCCAUGAGGAAUGGCUUUUCCUUCAACAGAGAUCGUGUGCAAAGAGUCGAAACAAUUCGUCUUGCGCCUAUCGAACAGCUACAACUCGCCAGGAUGGUCAGCAGCUAUUCAGAACCGUCUGUCUAUAUAAAACACGUGUGUUUCACAAACUUCACGGAAUUCAACCUGCCACAGCCAAUUUACAUCAACAUAGUCCGGGAUCCUGUUGAGAGAGUGAUAUCCUGGUACUAUUACGUGCGAGCACCUUGGUAUUACGUCGAGAGAAAGCAAAUAUUUCCAGACCUACCACUGCCGGAUCCAAACUGGCUGAAGAAGGACUUCGAGUCCUGUGUACUUAAGGCGGACCGUGAAUGUAGAUACCUCGAGGGUGAAAUUCACGAGGGAAUCGGCGAUCAUCGCAGGCAAACGCUUUUCUUCUGCGGUCACAGCGAGAAAUGCACCCCGUUCAACACAGUGGGCGCGCUGGAACGAGCGAAGAUGGCAGUGGAGAAACACUAUGCGGUCGUCGGAGUGCUCGAGGACGUAAAUACCACUCUCACGGUAUUGGAAAAUUAUAUACCCCGAUUUUUCCGAGGCGCCACCGACGUCUACUACGAUGAGGUGAACGCGUUCACGAGGAUCAAUCGAAACUUCUUCAAGCCACCAGUCAGCGAAGAAGUAAAGGACAUAGUGCGAAGCAAUUUCACCAGGGAAAUCGAAUUCUAUCAGUUCUGCAAGCAACGACUAUACAAACAGCUGAGGGCAUUGAAGUUGACCAAAACCACGCCUCUGUACGAAAGCAAUAGCUUGUAACUAUUUGCAAUGUGUUUAUUCGAUCCGUGAAAGUAUCGAGUAACUCGUCGAAUUUUCUUUUAACUAUGUGAGAAUUUUCCUUCGAGGAAGUCGAUAUAGAGCGAAGUAUCGAGGACAUCGGGAACGUUUGAUAAUUUGUCGAAUUUUCUUUUGAUAAUGGAGAAUAGAAUCGAAGAAUUCUUACGGACGUCGAAAGUACGUAAUUCGUAGAAAAGGUUGGAGAAUGUUGAAAAUGAUAAAUAAUUUGUGAAAAAGAUUGAGAGCGUUAAGAAUGAUAAACGAUUCGCCGACAUGGUUUAGGAAGUUAAAAAUGAUAAAUAACUUGUCGAGAAAGAUUGAGAACAUCGAAAACGAGAAAUAAUUUGAUCGAACUAUCGUUUGAUAGACAUUGAUGCAGGAAGAAUCUCAAAGAUGUUCGAGUUGGCCUCGAAAUUUUGGUAAUGUUAGCGACAAACGUAUGUGGAGUAAUAGGCGAUAACGAUUAGACGCAAAUGUAGAUGUUUGUCAGGGAUGCCACUUGCGCAUGGAAGCGACGUUAAAAGAGAAAUCGAAGGAAAAAGAGAGAUUAGAAUCAUUGCCUUUAAGAGAGGAUCGUGGUAGAUUCUCUUGAUUUAAUAUCUUUAAAUAUAUUAAUAAAUCGAUCAGCGUGAUGGAUCGUAACGAACGAUUGUUCCAGUAAGCAAUAUCUUAUGUGAUUCACGGCAGUGAGUGCUUUCAAUUCAGGACGCUUCGAUCGAGUGCCUAUUUUUUUAUUUUGUGAUCGUUUUCCCUGUAUAAUCGCGUAGCUUAAGAUAAACAGCGAUAUAAUCGCUGAACUUAAUUAUACGAACGAGAGCAAGUACUUACGAGACGAGGCAUUAAGAAAUAUUUAUUUAAAUAUUUAAAUAUUUAAAUAAUUGAUGGGAUGUUAUCGGUUAUUGCGUAAAGAAAAAGAUGCAGCGAGUGUUUCUGAACGCGCGACAUCUUGGCGCUAUUUAGAUCGCUUCUUUCGUUGAUAAUCCAUUGAAGAACGUUGUAAAGACUGAUGAGGGAGACAAGGAGAGAGAGAGAAAGAGAGAGAUCGCUUUUUAUCGAAGGAUACUUAAUUAUUUGCAACGACAGAAGCACACAGGGUAACCAUUAGGGUAUUGCUUUCCAGACGACAUAGCCGUUUUUUAAUGUCGACUUAAGCCGUUUUUUAAUGUCCACUGUUUUCCUUCCUUUUUUUUCGUAAUAAACAGCUGCCAUUUUCGAACAACGUGAUUUCUUUUCUUUUUUCUCCACCUGAAUUCUACUCGACACAUUGGUUGCUGCUAAAAUAUCGUGAUCUCUUUUCCAACAAAUGUACAGCUUUUUGAAAUGAAAAACAUCUCUAGUUUAAGCAAGUUUAAUAUUAUUGUUUUGUAUGUCUUUCUGACUGUAAAUUAUUUUGUUAGGGCGCAUAAAAAUGUAAGAGUAACAGUUACGUUGUUAACGUUACUUAAAGUCUGACAAUUAAAUUUUAAAUAAGAAAAUUACAGUUAAGUAUUUAGGUAAUUAAAUUGACGUAAUUGCGCCAGUAGCAACGAAUGUGUUAAAUAUGUAAAAACGAUUAAAAAUUAAUUUUAGGUGUCUUUCGUUAGUAUGAAUACAAUGUGGAACAUCAGAAGUUUUCCUCUCGUGUAAAGAUAUUAUUACAUCAUUCUUAUCGACAAGAGAAACAUAAAACUACUAUAAGUAUUCUUUUUUCUCAAUCUAUAACGAUAUCCAUCUAUUCUUACUAUAGCGAAAGAAUGUGAUACAAAAGAAAUUUCUGUCUGCUUCUAUAUGAACGUUUACUAUAACAAUAUACGCUCUGCGACAAAACUACAAGGCAUUUAUGGAGAGAGAAAAAGAGAUUUUAAUGAAUAACAUCAUAUAAAUACACAAUUUUGUAGAAUCACUAAAGUACAACGAUUGAACUACUUCAGUAAAUAGAUAUAUUGCGAUCAAAAUAUUUCUAAUAAUUCCAAUUUAAAUAGAGAUUAUUUACAAUUGCAGAUUUCUCAAUGAAAAAUAGUGCGACGAAACUAUAAGACACGGAAUACUUCUUUGCCAGAUAAAUGGAAAUUUUUAUUUACUUAUUAAUAUCGUGUAGUACCAUUUUUGUUUCUCGUAACUUUUCAUAAUCUUCAGAUCCAGCGAUCUGGCGAGCCAUGAUAAUACUUCAAUAUCUUCUGUUUCCAAACUUAACGUACUUUGCUUGAAUCGUCAUGAGUUGAAAAAUAAAAUUUUCUACAGCCAUUCGACAGACAUAUUCGAUUAACAGUUCUUGGAUUGUUUGGAUAUAUAUUUUACUGUUCAUUUUAUUAGAAACAAACAUGAUAUCGCUCUUAUCAGCGUAACUUAUAGCUGUCUAUACUAUAAUACCUCCUCCAUCAAUUUGUCUUUGCUGUUCAAUAAGAUUUUAUUUUUUCUCACUCACCAGAAUGUUUUUUCAAGUACAUACAGUUUCUUAUUUCUUUUAGAUGGUGGAUGCACGCUAUUUCUGCCGAUGAAAAAUUCUUUUUCUUUCUUUCUUUUUACGAGUUACCAAUUAGUUUGCAUCGACGAGUUAUUUUACAAUCACAGUGUAUCUAAUACUAGAAAUAACAAUCGCCAUGAGAUAGCACGUUCAACAAGAAAUUACAUGAAACCAAUUACUGCAGCGAAAAUCGCACGAAUCACUUUUUAUUACGUUCUCAUCUCGUUAGCAAACAACAACCAUCUUAGAAUUUUGUCGCGGAGAACACAACAUGUUUACGUGCAUUGUCUGAAUUCUUGGAAUUAUAGACUUUGGUAUUUCUGUAUAUAGAACUGAACAGUAUGCUUCCACACGUAUAAAGCAAACAAUAACACUACGAACGAAGGAGGAAGAAAUCAACGAGUUCUAAUAACGAGCCAAGUAUAAUCUUCCUCGAUUCACGUCUAUAUCAUAGUUCUGUCGCGGAGUGUAUUAGACUUGUUUAUAAAGUUACUUUUACUUCGAUGUAAUUAUAAGCGCAAAAGAAUAGAAGACUAACGAUCUAAUUGGGUUUUCAGCAGUUGCGAAAUUAUAAAGUUAAAAGAAAUAUUUCUUAAUUAUUCUAAUUAUUUGUUUACCCUUUUCUUUGUUACCUUAGUAUUCCCUUUAUCUAUCAUAGCAUUCUUAUAGCUAUCACAGUAUCUGUCAUAACAGGAACACUGGUCUGACCGUCGUUCCAAGUCAUAUUUUAUUUUUAAAAUACGGAGAUUAUUCAUUCAUCACAUGACUGCUAUUGCUUGAAAUAAAUAGAACAUCGUAGUAGAAGUUUGUUACUCACUUAGUAUGGAUAAGUUGGUAAUUAAUGGCAGUACUUAUGAUUAAUAUAAUUCAGAUUAAAAUAAUGGUGAUUAAAAAGAUUGUGCGAAAGGUGAAUGAUCGAACAAGUAAGAAACAUAGAAUAGAAUAAACCCACUUUUACUAGUUCCACAAAAUCUUCUUCUGGCACGUAGUCUUUGUAUCACGCGUUCUUUAAAAAUUAGAGAAGAUAUUGAUAUCGUCUUCAAAAGCCGAGAAUAAUAUAUAAUUAAUUUAAUCGUUUGUCGAACAAUAUCGUGUGUCCGGCUAUAACUUCGCGACAAAACAUUUGUGAGUUUUAUUUAUAAACCAACGGGUCUAUAGCAAAUAAUUGAUUGCUUUAAAAAGCGUAACGCAAUCGACGAUAAUUGUGUCAGGCCAGAUUACGACUGUAACUAAAAUUCACUGGAAAACAUAUCAAAUUCGCCACCAACAACGUUCGUGCCGUGUAUUACGAAUAUAGAUUAAGUUUCCAAAAGCUACAACGCUUGUGCAAUGCAAAACAAUGCAAACUCGAUACACGAGCUAAACUUGGCACCGCUGAAAGUACUCUAAAAAUACACGUGGAAUGUUGGCCUAACCGGAAGGUAGAGUUCAAUUAUUUUCAACCGCUCGAUUAUCCUGUAGCUUGCGACGAAAAAUUAUACUAUGAUUUGCUGCUUUGUAUAGAAACAAAAGAGAUGAAUAAAAUGAUCUUUGUCGUUGUUAUACAUAAUCGAGAAGCUCAGUGUACAAGGGACACACGUUGUAAUGGAAAUACAAAGACGUAACAAUUUGCAGAUUUUGAUGGAAAGUUAAAUCGAAUAAAAAGUUAUUGGAUCAA